CAAUACACCACUCACUCAUCAUCUUCACGAGUAUCUUUCGCCUUUGCUGUAUUGUCUCCAUCUCGCCUUCUCGACUCAACACCCCGAUAGAUCUGCGCUCGAACUCUCAGCACCCGUCCGCAAAGCCAUCUCAUUUCACUCCCUCUCCAUCUUAGCCUUGUUCUCAAUCACCCAUGCCGCCGACUACGCGCACCGUCUUCGUCGCCAACGUCCCGUACGACGUCUCGGAAGAGCAGAUCGCCGGCGUGUUCAGCGAAGUCGGGCCUGUUGCGCACGUCGAGAUCAAGUUCGACCCCCAGACCGGCAAGAGCAAGGGGUACGCCUUCGUGCAGUUCUACGAUGAGGCCGCCGCGCAGAGCGCCAUGCGCAACCUGCAGGAGGUGCCGAUUAACGGGCGGCCGGUCCGCAUCGAGCUGAGCAACGACGAGCGCCUCACCCGGCGGCCAGGGCAGGCGGCGGGGCCUGGGCCGGUCGGGGGGCCAGCGCCAUUCGGUGGGCGAAGCGACUCGCCUGCCCCAAUCGACCACAGCCUGCUGCCGCCGGGCACCGAGCCGGGGCCGGGGCAGAAGGCGACGGACGCCAUCAGCAAGACGCUCGCGGAGGUCAACCCAGGCCAGAUGCAGGAGGUCAUGGCGGGGAUGAAGGCGCUCAUCACCACGCAGCCCGACGAGGCGCGCCGCCUCCUUGCCGCCAAGCCGCAGCUCGCGUAUGCCAUUUUCCAGGCGAUGCUGCUCAUGAACAUUGUCGACGCGAGCGUUCUGCAACGCAUCCAGCCGCUGCAGCCAGCCGCGGCUGCUGCGCCGGUACACGCGCCCCCUCCUGCACCUGUGCCCGCGCCCGCGCCUGGACCAGGAUACGGCGGAUACCAGCGCGAAGGAUACUACCCUCCCCCGCCCGUCGCCGCCGCGCCCCCCGCGUUCCGCCAGCCCCCGCAUCCCCCGCAACCCCAGGCCGCCUACGCCGCGCCCCCACCGGCGCCUGCGUACGGGUAUCGCCAGCCACCGGCGCCUGCACCCGCCCCGCCCGCCCCGCCCGCGCUGCCCCCCGCUACGCAGGCUGCGUUGGCUGGUCUCCCCGAGGAGCAGAAGGCCAUGCUUAUGCAGGUCCUCCAGCUCACUCCCGACCAGAUAAAUGCCCUCGAUCCCGAGCAGCAGGCGUCCGUCAGGCAACUGCGCGCCCAGUUCCUUGGCGCCGGGGCAUAGGAGCAGUGAAGCGAUCAGCGCCUCGCAAGACGUAGACAUAAAGCGUGCAGCAGUGCAUGAGCGAGGGUGGUAUGAAAACUGUAUAUGCACAUUGUCGCUACC